AUGCUUGCGUCUUCGUUGCGCUCCCUGAUGGCGAACUACCACGCCACCGGCGGCGUCGUGCAGGACGCGGAGCUGCUGGCGCUGAGUGACGGCCUGCUCGAGGAUGCACGACGCAGCCCUGCCUCGUGUGCCUUCGCAGCGAGCCUUGCAACGCGCACAGCAGGGGAGGGGCCCGAGAGGCUGGAGCGGAUCGUCCUGCUGUCAGACCUACAGCUCGGGGUGGAGCAGUCGUACGUCCUCUGGAUCCUGGACCUCCAGCCGGAGAGCAGCGAAUGCGUCCUCAACUGGCCUACAACGAGACUGCUGCUGUGCCUUGUGUGCGCGCAUUUACUCGACGCCACCACAUUCGGAGCGGCCCUUGCGGAGCUCUGUGUCAUCGGGGGCGUAGACACUGUGCGGGACGUCUUGACUGCUCCCCUGGGCACCGGCGCAGCCCCGUUUCUGAGCGUUUAUGCGUGUGGUACAGCGCUGCUGUGCAUGCUGCUGGGCUUUGGCAAGGGCUGCGGAGACCCUUUCAGCGCUUGCCUUCCCCUACUGGAGAUUCUGCGGGCUGACGCAUGCGCGUUCACAGCCCAUCGAGCCGCUUCGUCGGCCAAUCCGCGGCUGCCUCCCACUGACCCGGCAGCCUUCCCCAGGCUUCUUACAGCCAGCGACACUUUCCAGGUGCUUCUCACAUGCAGGCGGGCGCGCAAGUUGGCCGGCGCCGACUCUCUGAUGUGCAGGCUUUCUGAUGUGCAGGCCGUAACUGACAGGAUUAACGGUGUGGCUACAAUGGAGCUACGUGGCGCAACGGCAUUGGUGGGGCUUUUUUCUACAUGUAUCGCUCCAGAUAGCCUGGCUGCUCUGGUUGCAAACAGGGGCUCGCACUUUUGCCGCCUGGCAGCGGGCCUUGGUCCGCCCAAUCAGAUAGAGGAGCAAUGGUUUGGCAGCGUGUUUGAGGUGUUACUCUUCUUGCACUUUUUGUGUGCACAGGUGACCAGGUGGUUCCUGCCAGAGUUGCAGGGCGCUGUGAACGUGUUUGAACGAAGCAGAAGACUGAUAGCAACAUCGCAGUCUGACCCAAACUACGCAACAGUAGGGAGAUGCGAGAGACAAGGAAAUGGUGCGUCAAUCAUGUUCAGGUGGAGAGCAGACGAGUCAUCUAGCUCACUACUCAUCUGGAGCUCGAUACAGCUUCGGACUGGUCUAAGUACCGGUGGGAGGCUGUUGUCACCCGAAGGUGUAAAUAGACUUACGAAACUAAAAGAGAUCCUUGCUGAGGCAGAGCAAGCAUUUUAG